GGCGCGGGAGGAGAUGACGCAAAAGGGAGAGCUCCCCCCAAAAAAGUGUUUCUCCAGGACGAAGAUGGCGGCAACUUAGCCCAGGGGCCCAAGAUGCCUGUGCCCAUCGGGGGCCCCCAGCCAGGCAGUUCCGCCCCGUGCGCCCGGGGACACCGCGCCCGGCGGCAGCAGCGGCGGCAGCCGCAGCCCAUUGUCACCAGCAGCAGCGGCGGCGGCCCCGGUAGCCUCCUCCUCCUCUUCCUCUUCCUCCUCCUCCUCUUCAGCAUCCUCAGCAGCGCUCCGGGAGCCUUGCAGCAGCGUCUCUCCAGUUAGAGCGGAGGGGGGAGAGAAGAAAGAGGAGACUAAGACAGCGGUGCAGGCAUCUGUGCCGCGGCUCGGGGCUGAAGAAGAGGAGCAGCGGCGGCGGCAGGGAGGAAGAAGAGGCGAGGAGCCCUCCCGGAGCCGUCCGUCGGCAGCGGGGGACGCGGCAUGCGGUUGUCCGGAGGCAGUGGGCUUUUCUCAGGAGGGAGAUGGGGAGCUGCGAUCUGACCAUGCCUGGGUGAGAGGGGCAAAGGACCAGUCGCGCAGCCCUGCCACCACCAACUAUCACCACUACCACCACCACCAUCUCCUCUCCCUCCUCCUCUCUCUGCGUUAUUGCUCUUAUCUUCUCCACGGCACUCCGCGUUGGAUGGACUGGGGCUGCUUCUUGUGGUGAGACCAAGGUAGAGCCACCGGCGAAAACCAACAUUAUCUCAGAGGAAGAAAAAGAAGGAAGAAAGAAAGAAGAGGGAGAAAGAGAGAGGGGGGAGAGUGGAAGAGGGAGAGAGCGAAAGAGCGAGAGAGAGAAGGGAAGGCAGACAAGAAAAUCCCCCCAAUCUUUUAAGUCAAUGCAUAUUGUGGUGACACUGGCAAAGGAGCCCUCACGGUGGAGUCGGCCAGGGCUGUGCGUUCCCAAAAUAUGACCAGGGGUGCUUGGAUGUGUAGUCGGCAGUAUGAUGACGGCUUAAAAAUCUGGUUCGCACCCCGGGAGAACGAGAAACCCUUCACGGAUUCAGAGAGGGCUCAGAAAUGGCGACUGUCCCUGGCAUCGCUCUUGUUUUUCACGGUCCUGCUCUCUGAUCACUUGUGGUUCUGCGCCGAGGCCAAAUUCACGGGGACCGGAGAGAAGGAGCAGCCGCCACCCGAGAAGCCGGAGCCCGCGGAGCCGGAGCUGCUGGCGGGCAUGGGGGAGCCGGCGCCCCCCGCGCCCCGGCUCCUCGCCCCCCCCUCGCCCUCCCUCCCGCCCUCCCCCGGCAGCAGCAGUGGCGGCAGCCGCGGCAGCCGCAACAACGGCACCGAGCCCCGGCACGGCAAAGCUGCUUUCCUAGGGAACUCCACCACCAGGCCCCUGGAGACGUGUCCCCCCCCGGGGUCCUCGUCCGGGCAGUGCUUCAGCGUGGGGGACGCGGAGGCGGUGUGCCGGCCGCGCAGGGGGUCGGGGCCGCCGCCGGGUGCGGGGCAGAGCCCGGCGCCCGGCUGGGACCUGACGGAUUUUUACCUUUCCUUUUGUAAUUCCUACACACUUUGGGAGUUGUUUGCCGGGUUGUCCAAUCCGGACACUUUGAACUGCAGUCUGGAUGUGGUGCUGAGGGGGGAAGGCUCCUGCAGCCAGUGCGUCCAGGCUUACCAGCGCUACGACCAGCACGCUCAGGAGAAAUAUGAAGAGUUUGAGGUUAUGCUCCAGAAAUAUUUACAGUCGGAUGAGUACUCGGUGAAAUCGUGUCCUGAGGAUUGUAAGGACUCUUCAUCUGCCGAUUCUGUAUCUGUCAGCAAACAUUCUUCUGUAAGCCACAGUCGCGUGCUGUCACUAGAGAGUCGCUGGACAUAAGACUGCUUGAGCAGUUCGAAAGAAAAAACAUGAGGCGACAACAGUUCUUUGUAAAGUUCAGUAAAAGAGAGACAGCCUUGAAGCAGAAGCUUCUGUUUUUCAAGUUAUUUUCCCUCGUCAGCAUCCACCCAGUUUAUCUCAAGCAGAGGUGUGUGUUACUUCCAAUUUUUUGAGACAAGCAGGUAUUAUACGUAGAUACUUAGAGGAUGUACACAAAGGAGAACAUGCCCUGCCUGCCAUAAUGGACUUGAACUGAUGAGAAAAGGACAUAAAAAUUCAACUUGCAGAGGAGAAGAAAAGCCAGUUCUGGACCCUGGAGCAAGUAUGUGACUUUCUUCCAAUUUAUAAUCACAUCUACUUUUCAAAAUUUUUCUCUGCAAGGAAAUACUGAAAGAAUAUCGGUGAGAAGGGAGCUUUCAGAGGAGUAUCUCAGGUCAGUGAAGAAAGAGUCAAACCCAAUGAAUUAUCUUUCAAGUUAACUUCAUGUUUUUACCUAUGAAUUUUGGGGGUCAAUGGUUUAAGCUAGUUUGGAAAAAGUUGAAAACAAAGGCAAUUUUUAUAUCAGAGUAUCUUACAUGUUCCAAGGGGAGUUAUCUUUGUUGGCCAGUCCUAUAAGAACUGCUGCAAGUAUGUCUCAUAACUGACUCCUUUUUUAAAAAAAAGGAAAUAGCAUGGAACCCGUGGUCACAAUACAUGUAAAUAUGCACAUUUUAUUCUAAUAAUGUAAUGUUAUUUCAAAAAGCACAAUAAAAGUUUUCUUUUUUUUAUGA